CCAAUUCUUAAAGUUUUUCAUUGACUUUUAGAUAGAGCUUUUAAACUAACUUACCUGGUCCAGGGCAAGCUCCAGCCAUGGAUCGUCGCACCACUUUCUUCGCGCUCGCGAUGAUCUUGAUCUCUUCACUCGCCGGCGCCACCGCACAACAGUUCUCCUCCUCCUGCGGCACGAGAUGCGACUCUACGCGCGAUUGUUCUGGCGGCCUCGUUUGCAAUCCUAUUAGCAAGACCUGCGAUGGCGAUCCAUCAGCUAGCACUCUUUCCUGCCCAAUUCUCGGCUGCGAGCCCGCCCAGACCUUCGUCUACUCGAAUGCCACCGCCCACAACCCAGCACUUUGCUUCGACAACACCACCUACCAGUUCUUCAAUUGCUCGCCGCAAGAACAGCCUCGCAAUUUCGCGGCAUUCUACUUCAUCGAGCUGGAGGAGUCCCCUACGAGUUGCAAUCGCUCGACGCCGCCAAGGAAUUCGGAGCUCCUGGCGUCCAUGUCCACGGGGUGGUUCGCCAAUGGAUCGUCGUGCCACAGAGAGAUCGUGAUCACGGCGGAGAAUGGGCUGAGCGUGACGGCGACAGUGAUCGACCAGUGUGGAUCGAACAUCGGGUGUACCGCAGACACUGGAUUCUAUGGGCCGUGCUCGCCCAGAUCGCUGGGAGGGACGAGAGCGGUGUGGGAAGCGCUGGGGCAGACCUACUUUGAUAAUGUGUUGGCGGUCACUUGGAGCUGGAAGGGCGAGGAUUCCAACCUGAGAGAUCGCAAUAUCGCCAUUGCCGUGGUUUCCAGUGGAGCGAUCGUCGUCUUGGCGCUCCUAGGGCUAGUGUGGUGGAAGUUCUUGCGACGCUCAUCCAAUGCUGCCGUGAGGGAGCGGCCGCUCGAUCUCGGCAACCUCGCGGAUUUGCCACGGCAAUUCAAGUACCAGGAGGUGUAUCGAGCGACCAAGGGAUUCCAGAGCAAGGUGGGACAAGGAGGAUUUGCGAGUGUGUUCAAGGGAACGUUGCCCGGCGGGGAGAUUGUGGCAGUCAAGAGGAUCGGAGGUGGAGUGCGGCAGAGGGACAAGCAAUUCAAGGCGGAGGUGAUGUCGAUUGGCAGCAUCCAUCACCUCAAUCUGGUCAAGCUGGUUGGAUUUUGCCUGCAUUCUCCACACAACUUGCUCGUCUACGAGUUCCUCCCGAAUGGCUCGCUAGAUGGAUGGAUUUUCGCCAAGGAGAAAUGCCUGUCCUGGGGAUCCAGGCUCUCCAUCGCGCUCGACGUUGCCCGGGGGCUCGCCUAUCUCCACGAAGGAUGCCGCGAGAAGGUACUCCAUCUAGACAUCAAGCCCCAGAACAUCCUCCUGGACGAGAAGAUGGGCGCCAAGAUCGCCGACUUUGGGUUCUCCAAGCUCAUCGACAAGGACGAGAGUCACGUCGUGACGGUCAUGCGAGGCACGGUGGGAUACAUGGCUCCCGAGUGGCUCCACUCUCGAGUCACGGAGAAGACUGACGUCUAUAGCUUUGGGGUCGUCCUUCUCGAGCUCGUUUGCGGCAUGAAGGCCGUGGAGUGUUCCUCGGGCUCGGGCUCACAGAUGGACGUCGUGUUCCUCGGACAAACCGCUUUCAACAAGCUGGACAGUGGAAACUCGAUGGACUUGGUGGACGAUCGGCUGCUCAAAGCCGAGGAUGGUGGUGGUUUCUCCUUGACUGGCUUUGAGAACAUCCUCCGGAUCGGGUUAUGGUGUACGCAGGAGGAUCCCUUGCAGCGACCAACGAUGUCUGUGGUGGUGAAGAUGCUCGAGGGUGCCAUGGAUGUGUUGGCAUUCCCUCAGCUGGAGAGACCCGCUGCACAGGCUUCUCCACUCCUGGCGAGCUCGGGGCAAUUCUCCAUCUCGGUCUCAGGAAGAGAUCGUCUCAACUCUCGGAUGGAGCUCGAUAAAAGCUAGCGUGUCAGCUUUCGAGUGUUUGGCCUGGAUGAAUGGAGUGUUUUGCUUUCCUGCUAGAAUUCUUUGACCUUCGCUCGCGUGAUCUUUCUCUUCUCUACUUUCUUUAUUCUUGGCUAGUUAAUGGAGCCACAGUUAUAUCGGA